AAUUUUGCACCUGAAGUCCUUUUCCCCAAAUUGUAAUUUUAAUGUAAAACUUGCCAAACUGUUGGAACCAUGCUACGUCAUAUCAGUGUGAAUAAUCGCGUAUCGGAGCUCGGGUAAUUUCCUCCCGUGAUCGCCACUUGCGUUUUACAUUGUGUUGAUCAGUUUUUAACAUGGACGAAUCCGUGUUAUCACAGCCUAAGACAAGUGCUACUGCCAGUAUUCUUCUUCAAGAAGAACCGGCUAAGACAUCAGCAACCGCCCCUGAUAAUGUCACUGUGGGCAUUAGAAAACCCAAGCGAGUAAUCCACUUCAGUGAUGGGGUUGUUGAGGAAUACAGCUCUGAUGAAGAUGAUGAGUCUAAGAAGGCCCUGGCAGAACCAACAACUGACCCAAAAACAAUGACCUGGCUUCCAUAUCUGUGGUAUUACACAGUAGUAGCAGCCACAAAAACAGUAGGGGCUUGUGACUUCAUGGGUGAGAAGUUGGCCUACUUUCUUGGAAUCACCUCACCCAAGUACCAGUUUGCAAUCAAUGAAUAUAACAGAUUAAAUGAAGAGGAGAAGAAGGCAUUAGACCAAGAGCAAGAGGAGAAAGAAUGUCAGAGAGAGAGGAUUGCCAUGAUGCAAGCCAAUAGAGUGUAUGCAGAGACCACCGUGCCUUACUCUGCAGCCAAUCCAGGCCUCGGCACAGACCUGUAAAUGACCAAUAGUUGAAUAUGGAUCUGUGUAUAGAACAUCAUCUCAUUAUUGCCUUAUUUACAUGUAUGGCUACACUUAACAGUUUGUGCCUGCAUGUCCAUUGGUGAGCUCCCUGUCUAAGUAUGGGUUAUGGUGCAAGAAAAGACCUGUCAAUGCUGGAUGCCACUUACCAGCUUGCAUGUAGGCAUAGGUUUGUCAUCACCUGAAGAUAAUAUACCAUGCACAAUUUCAGACAGAGCGGUAGCCCUGCCACCCCCCCCCCCAACCCUUCUCCCAGCCCCACUCCCACCCCUACCCCCACCCCUACUGUACCUAUGCCCUAUACACACUCCAAACUAUGUUACCUAGCACAUCCCCCUACAUAUCUCAAAGAAUUCCUGAGUUUCUAGGAACACAAUGACCAACCCAAAAAGGGGGAGGGGGGUCCCCUCCGUCGCAUAUCUUGCUUCAAAUGAAAAAUAAGCCCAUAGUGGUUAUAUAUACAGACAUGUGCUUGCAGUCAUGUGGAGCUACCUGUGUGAUUAUUAACUUUCCAACAUUUACUCUUCAAGACUGAUAUUGACUGUCAUCCUUGACUUUCUCAUUGGGUCUAGCAUAUAGACCUUGAUAUGAACCACCGUGGCUAUGUUAUCAUGAGCAUGUACAGAUACUUAUAUGUCUGUCCAGAUUUCUAGGCAUUAAACAAAUCUAUUCAAUAUACAAGAUAUUUAUUCCAGAUAUAUGUAUUCGAGGUUUUACAAGAUGUUUCCUGUCAAACAUAUUUCAAAAACAGAUAAACAUAUUUCAGAAGGGUUUUGAGUCAACUCUUGACGGACAGAAAUACUUUCAAAAAGACUCAACUUUAUUUUUUAUAAACUGGUAUACAUGUAUUUAUACUUACUUUUCAGUUAGAAAUUUGACAACUGAAAGCAUUUUCUUCAAAAUCAAGAAAUUGUAAAGAUAUCCAUUCCAUGAUAUUUCCGCAUAACAAAAUAAUUUUAGUUGUAAUGUAUAAUUUGUACAUCUUGUGUUUCUGGUAAUGAUAAACUUUUGAUAUGAAUGUGAAUAUGAAACACUGUUGAAAAGUACAAUCAGUAAACAUUAUUUGGUAAUCACAUUAUGCAAGAUUAAUAUUGUAAUGAAUUUGUUGAUAAUUUUUUUUUUUUUUUUAAUUUGUUAAUUUUGGCACACUAUCUUGCGUUGAGAAAAUGUCAGAUUGUUUCCAUGUAAAUAUUGCUUCCUUAGCUUUCAGAAUCUUUUUAAGUGCAAUAGUGUCCAACACAUGCACAUUUUUGGGUUGACAUGUGCCUUAUUGCCUUUAUUUAAACUAUUUACCCAGAUUUGGAAGAAAUGCCACAUAUUUGUAGUCAUCCAUGUAGUUUUUGCCUUUGAUGUAUAUAUUUGUUACCUCGGUUUUGUGGGUGUCAUCAUAGUAAACCUUUGAAUAAGAAAUGUUUUGUGUCAACCCAGUAAAGUUGUGUGUCAUCAAGUUGAGAAUGAUUAACCCAGGAAAAUGAAAUAUGUUACAGUGUAAUUAAAACAACUUUGCAGUUUAUUAAUCAA